AUGGGUUCAGCAGGCUCGAAAGUCAGAUCGGCAGGCCGAACGCUCGCCAGUGCACGCUCAUCUCUCGAAGGCUCCUCUCUGUCUGCCCAGUCCGAGCCACCCACGACGGCACGCUAUGAAUCGCCGCGAUCAGGCUCGAGGCCGACUGCGAUGGCAUCUGAGCAAGCUGAUCCUCAAGAUAGUGCGGACCCUCAACUAGCAGGCUAUCUCAAAGAGCUCGGACAAGUGAAAGUCCCAAAAGCGCCGAGCAACUUUACAGAGGACGAUAGUAUGCUACAGCUUUUGAGGUCAAGGAAGCAGUCAGAAGAGCAAGAUAGCGAUCCGACUGCUCGACCGGAUCGAUUCCAAGCAUCAAUAUUGGCCCAAUACUUUGACGCCAGGAAGACCACAAAGUCUCGAGAGGAAGCAUCUGAACUCGCUCGUAGCUUUGGCAUGGAUGCAGACCUGGCAGAAAGCCUCGCAAGGCACUAUACAACGCCGUCUAUCACGCGCGAGAGAUCUGCCGAGCAGGAGAAAGAGGAUUAUCACAUUGCUGGCUGGGUAGACCCUCGAUGGGCGGAAGGGUCAGGGCCUAAGCGCUUACCUUCGUAG